GAAUCCGACAGAACUCGACACAAAUAACAUCUGAUCUUCGCCUUGACACAAACGCCUUGUGAUUCACUGACGGUUGUUCGAAGCUUUGGACGUUUCCUCGCUCUUUUCUCAAUACGUUGCACUUUCUCGUUUGAAAAAUUCCCUGAAGAAAAUAUAUUCGAUGGAUAGGUUACAAUAUCCGUCAAGCGUUGCAUAUUAGAACCUGAAAACCAUAGUCUACGACUGGUCAUCUCAGCAAAAUGGAAGCAAGUUUGCGAAGCACGCUCAUUGUGUGCCUGGUGACUGUGGGGCUGCUCGUUGUUGUCGAUGUGGUCAAUUGCGAUGCUCCCGUCAGGUGGCAGCACCAGGUUGAGCCUCAAACGAUGGGAUGCAACCAACAACUACAGUCUUAUAUUUCUUUGCAAACAAAUCUUACAUUGGCUGCUAUAGAUCACUUCAAGAGAAACUUUUCUUGGCACAAGUUCGAAGUGGGAUGGGAUGAUGCCAAUGUCAUCUUGGACGCCAAUCAAGAUAUCGACUUCCUCCAAGUGUGCAAUGAAUCGGACGAGUGCUCUCGUGUCCUGCCCGUGGUUCCAAUUCCUCCUUACAGCGUCCCUACAACUGAGUCUCAUGCAGAACAGCUGAUGGCUGAAAUCUUGGAGUACUCACAGCAGUACGCCUAUGCCCUGGAAAUCCUGUUUCUCGACCAGUCUCUCCACGAGGACUCAUUCCAGCCUCACGUGAACGAAAUCUACCGCCAGCUGGAGGCCCUCGUCAGUGGCAUCAUCUGGGGGCUGAAACAGUGCCGGGUACCUGUGAGGGAAACUAACCUCAGAAAUCUGAUGGGAAAAGUCUACAAAGGAGCUGACAGAACCUUCAGGGACGAGAGGGCUUUCAGGACAAUCAGACAGUGCCAACUGGGGCUUCAUUACAUCAGACAUUUCUUUUCACUGAGUGACACCCAUCCACUGCUGAAGUGAUUGAACCCUCACAUCAUCUUUCUCUUGGCCACUGAACUUUAAUUCUACUUGGACAAUUUUCUGUUGAAUGAAGACUUAAUAUUUUGACACUUGUUAUCCCAGAUUAUUUAUAAAAUAACAAUAUUGGAUGUUUGACUUACAUUUCUGUACAAGAUAAUUUUAAUAAAGACCUUUAU